AUGAAGCUCACUAAUAACCCUCUUAUGUUCACCACAUUCUCAUUGAUGCUCCUCCUCUUCAUUGACUCCACACUUGGUGCAACCCUAACAGGUGGGUACCAUGAAAUCAAGGACAUCAAUGAUCCAUCAAUCAAACUGAUUGCAGAGUUUGCUGUGUAUGAGUUCAACCAGCAAAAAAAAACCAAUCUGGUUCUUAAGGAGAUCAAAAAAGGCUAUUAUCAGAUUGUGGCUGGUACUAAUUACAGACUAUUUAUAUCAGCUGUGGAUAAACAUGAUGAUCAUAAGUCUAUUAAUGACUAUGUGACUGUUGUGUAUGAAGGCUUGCCUAGUCAGAAUCCUGUCUUGAAACUUGUUUCCUUUGACAGGCUUCUUAAAACUAAGAAUUAA